GUUCUUCUGGACAUCGCAGGAGAGGAGCACGAUGGUGUCGCUGAAGCUCCAGAAGCGGCUCGCCGCCAGCGUCCUCAAGUGCGGGAGGGGGAAGGUGUGGCUCGACCCCAAUGAGGUCAACGAGAUCUCCAUGGCCAACUCCCGCCAAAACAUUAGAAAGCUGGUCAAGGAUGGUUUUGUCAUCAGGAAGCCAACCAAGAUUCAUUCGAGAUCUCGUGCAAGGAGGGCACUGGAGGCAAAGAGAAAAGGACGACAUUCUGGAUAUGGUAAGCGCAGGGGAACAAGGGAAGCUAGGCUUCCAACUAAGGUGCUUUGGAUGCGCAGAAUGCGAGUUCUCAGACGGUUGCUUCGGAAGUACCGUGAAUCAAAGAAGAUUGAUAAACAUAUGUACCAUGACAUGUACAUGAAAGUUAAGGGUAAUGUCUUCAAGAACAAGAGGGUGCUGAUGGAGAGUAUUCAUAAAUCCAAAGCUGAGAAGGCAAGAGAGAAGACAUUGUCUGACCAGUUUGAAGCCAAGAGAGCCAAGAGCAAGGCCAGCAGAGAAAGGAAAAUCGCCAGGAGAGAGGAACGCCUGGCUCAGGGGCCUGGAGACCGAGCACCCGCAGGAGCUGCUUCUCAAUCCGAGGCUCCCAAGAAAGCUAAGAAGUAAAAGUAACAAUGCUGAGAACUAUUUGUCGCAGAAUAGGUACAAGUGGCUCGUGGAGCAUUCCUUUUGUUUCGUUUCCAACUGUGAGAUGUUGCAAAAACUAGUUGAAACUUUUAUUCCGCAUCUUUUAGGGCUUUUGAUACUUGUUUGUUCUGAUGGAGUUGGAUAAACUUGUGUUAUUUGUCAGUUUUCAGUAAUGGCAUUACCUAUUUUUGAUAA